CAGAUCUGGUCAUACCGCCCCUCUACCAUCAACUCCGUCCUCGUACAAUCCUGUGGACGUAAAGAGGUUAUGCCCUAUACCCAGUGUAUAAGGGCAAGAGCCCCCGCGUUUCCAACAUGUGUCCGGUUACCAGGCCAUUUUAGGGGAGCAUGUGGCUAUUGUAAGAAGAAGGACUAG